UGUGUGUGUGUGUGUGUGUUUGUGUUCCAGGUCAGUACCAUACAACUCAUCCAUGGUGCUACCACAGCCAGUACUCAUGUGAUGACACCUGCGAGGGUAAGUGUCACCUGCAUCAGUAGUACAGAGACAUGGUUAAAUGCACAUAGAGGUUUUUGUAUCUAACUUUGACUUCCAAAAAGGCAAGCGUGUCUGUGAGUUUUUUAUUCAUCAACUAGAGGGGAAAAAAUGCAACUACUCCCGGUCUCCUGUCACUCUAUGGUGUAUUGUUUUACUACUAGCUGUUUUAUUUUUCCAAUUUUCGCUAUCAGAUCUGUAUGAUUUUGUUGUAUUCCAGUUCAAAUCGUUCUGGUUUGAGACAUAUUUUGUCGACCCAGUUCUAGCCUGACCUUGGUUAUAUCUGUCUUUUCAGAGCCGGGAAAAUGGUCCACACUGUUCCCUGAAUGUGGAGGGCAGAGACAAUCUCCCAUUAACAUAGUCACGAGUCGAGUCCUGUAUGACGCGGCUCUGACCUCAUUCACCUUUGAAGGGCACAAUCAUGUCAGUAACAUCACAGUGGAUCACCUUGGACACUCUGGUGACUCAACUCUUUUUUACUACUUUAAUUUACCUUUCAAGUGUGUGUGUGCUGAAUUGAGUAUGACAGCAUUGACCGAUGAAAAACCUUCUGUUAUUUCAGCUCAUUUUGCUCUCCCUCCAUCUGCGAAGAUCCAUGGAGGGGGCCUGGCCAGCACUUAUAAGGCCCUGCAGUUUCACCUCCACUGGGGGGUAGAUGCAGGACCCGGCUCUGAGCACACGGUGGAUGGAGAGCGCUACCCCAUGGAGGUUGGCAUGCACUCGUCUCAAUGCACAGAGCAGCUGGGACAACACUGCAGAUGGGUUGUUUGAUAAGCUGAGAGUAUGGGAAGAUAUGGGCACCAAACUGUCCUGUGAGGGUGUGUGUGUGUGUUCAGGUGUAUGCCUCUCCUUAUAUUUGUGCUCUCUCUUUUGAAGUUGCACGUCGUCCACAUCAAAGAGAAAUACCAGACUCUGGAAGAAGCUGAAAGUGACAGUGCAGGAAUAGCCUUACUUGCCUUCUUCUUUGAGGAAUCACUGGAAGACAACCCUCACUUCGAUACAGUACUUGAAGCUUUAAGAAGAGUGCGCUACAUUGGAAACACCAGCUCAGUCGCAGCUUUCAAACUGAGUGACAUCAUCCCUCCGGCCCAUGAGCUGUCUGCCUACUAUCGCUACUCCGGGUCCAUGACAACACCCGGCUGCAAUGAGUCCGUUAUUUGGACCAUAUUCCAGAGGACCCUGCCAGCCAGUCACAGACAACUGGUGGACGUGGCUGAAGAGGUGUGGUACUGGACUGGGAAGCCCAUGACAGACAUCUUCAGACCUACUCAGCAACUCAACGGCAGAACUGUGUACAAGUCCUCAGCCAUUCCGGUUCUCCCAGGUUCUGCGGGCCCAGUUUUCCUGCGGUCCACACUCUUGCGUCUGUGCUCCUUUCUUGUAUUUGUUAGCUUGUGUUGUGUACAGUGAGGUGAUAUGAAACACACACAUACUCGGCCCCUUCCAUUCCAGAGUAGACUCAUCGUCUCCUAAUUACCAGAUGGCCCAGGCCUGCUUUUAUAAUGUAUUUGCCUUGUUCAUCUUCCUGCUUGGGUUAUCUUAAUGAGAUGUGAAUGUUUUAUUUGUUUUACGGAAUACUGUCUGUCUCUUCUCCUACCGGUCAUAAGGUGCUCGGUGUGCGAUGCCACUAGACCAAAGGGAAAUGUCAACUGCCUCCAGAAUUAGAAGCUAUCUAGCAGCAGCAGCAGCAGCUUUGACACCAUAGCCAGAGCUGAUGUAAGAUUGAUUUCAAACUCAGUCAAUCUAUAUGCUCUUCUAAGGUUUGCCCAAGUAAUACAAUCUAAGGUUAUAUAUAUAUAUAUAUAGUAAUUUUCUUAAUUAUAUAUGCACAAACUUCUAAAUAGAGGGGAAUCUCGUAUAGUAUACAGGAACGGUAGGUACAUGGGGUGCAUUUGUGAAAGUGGUA